GUCAGAAGUGUGGCCACAGAACAUACAUGGUGGUUGCACAUAGGCCUCCCAGCACACUAUGCUUCUCCUGGUUGCAGCCUCUUCUCCAUAGAACUCAGUGGAGCCUAUAUCACUCAGUUAAUUGGUGUGAAGAAUGCUGAAGGGCCUGCAGUCACGGAAAGCAAAGUAAGAGGCAAAUGCACUUGGUUGUCUUGGUUGUCUCCAGUUUCCACAGCAAGGUGUGUGAGAGGUCCCACUUCCCAUUAUUUUCCUGCUUCUGGCCCUGCCAGCCAAUACCACUGCUCCAUUUAAUGCAGUAUCUGAAAUUAGGAUAUGGGCCUUCCAGGACAGAGGGCAUGGCAUCUAGGCAGCUCUCCUAGCAACUAUAUUUUUACAACUGAAGCUUAGCAUCUAACAUAAUUAAUCUGUAUUAAAGGGGCACAGGAGUGCCCCUUUAGUUAAGGCGAGCAGCAAAAAAAAAAAAGGAAAAAAAGUGACAACUGUUGAACUAAAGACCUGAAACUUGGUGUGUGUUAUGUACUUGAAGAAGUCUACAAAUGGGCUUAAUUUCAAGAAGAUCUGAUAAAAAUUACUGCAGCUACAGCAAGUUAUAAACGGCUGAAAAAGGACACUUUGGUCCUUUUUUCUCUCUCCAGUUUUUAGAACAGUGUAGCGUAUAUUUCUUUCAAACUUUGGUGAAAAUGGCUUACAUACUCUGACAGGCCUGUCUAGGAAUGCCUUUUAGUGGUUUGGUGAAGUUUUCGAGCAGUGGUUCAAAAGUUAUUCAGGUUUUGCUGCUCCAUUGAAGCCUAUGCAGAGCAUAGAACAGAACAGUCAUUUCUGACAAUGAGGCCAGAAUGUUGUACUUUUGCCAGUACUCUAAGAUUGACAGGGAGAACCAGUGGGAAGUAAGAGUAUUGUGGGGGAGAAGUAAUGUUAGUUUUGGGGGUGCACGGAAUGAUUUUGAAAGCAGGUGCGCAGAGAGAAACACACACACACAGAAGCACACACAUGCAACACAAUACAUGCACACACAGGCACAAAAAACACAGAAAUGCAAUGCACAAGCACACAAUUCACAAACUGCAUGCAGCACAAAUACAGCACAUGCAAAACACACAAAUACAUGCAUACAACAGAAACACAUGCAACACAGGCACAAAAAACACACAGAAAUGCAAUGCACAAGCACACAAUUCAUAAACUGCAUGCAGCACAAAUACAGCACAUGCAAAACACACAAAUACAUGCAUACAACAGAAACACAUGCAACACUAAUGCACAAACAAAUACGCAACACAAACAUGCAUGCAGCACAAGCACAGGCAUGCACAUAACACAAAUACAAGCACGCAAAUGCCACGACAUAAAUGCACAAACAUAGCCAUGCAACACAAAUGCACAAACACACACACCCCAUAAGCACCCACAUAAUCAGCAAAACAAACAUGCACAGACACACACACAGAUAGGGUUGCCAUAUUUUGGCUUUCCAAAUCUGGGUGCUUAAUUUGCAUAUUAUGUAAAAUGGCUUAAAAAUAAUUUUUGAGCAAAAUAGUGUCUGCAUGCUUUACUCCAUAACUCUUCUUUUACAAGGGCUAGAGCUUAGCUUUAAAAAGAAAAACCAACGAAAUCUGAAAUCUGGGCGAUUCUUGGUGGGCUAAGCAAUUUGCGUGAGAGCCUUAAAAUCUGGGUGAAACCUGGAAUUUUGUCGGGCAUGGCAACUCUACACACAGAGCACAGAAAUGCAAUAAUACUAGCACAACACAAGCAUGCACACACAGGAUGCAGACACACACGCAACGUAGAAACAAAAACACAUGUGCAACAUAGAAACAUGCACAACACAAAUGCAUGCAGUACACUGUUGUGUACAAAUACACAAGAACACAAAUGCAUGCAACACGGGCACACAAAUACAUGGAAGACACAAAUGCACAACACAUGUGCAAUGUAUGCGACACAUGCAUAACAUACAAACAUGUAUACAACAUACAGUGCACACACAAAUAUAUAAACAAUACACAGCACACAAGUACACAACAAACACAAUACAAAUACACAAUCCCAUACAAAUGCAUGCCAUGCACAAACUUGCAACAUGCACAGCACACACACAACACAAACACACACAUGCCACAGACACAUACAACACAAACAUACAAAUGCAUGCUACACGAAUGUAUGGACACAAAUUAAAUGCAUAAAUGCACACAGCACAAAUGUCACUCAACACAGCAAAUGCACAAAUACAACACAAACACGCAACACAAACAUAUCUGUUCUUGUUGCAGCUUAAGCUCAAAUUAACUUGUUUAAUUUUUAUUUUAUUGAUUUGAUUUGAAUACCGUCCUUCCAAAAUGGCUCAGGGUGGUUUAAUUUUGCCAUGCAAACAUUGCUUUACUUUUUCAGUUGUGCAGAAGCUCCUAAGAGAACCACCCCAUUGUGGGAUAAGAUAAUCCACAAAUGGGUAACUGAUGUUGAAAUUGCUAUCUAUAUCUGCUAUGCCUAUGUUUGUUUUUGCUAUUGUUGAAGUUAGUCUACAAUAUAUUGAGAACCUCACCUGCAAAUGAAGAAAGUCAAUUUCAAUUAGGAGUCUCCUGCCAUGAUAAAAGAGCCAAAUUGUUGUAUGUGUUUUGUUGUUCUGAGAAAAGUUGCACCAUCUGAAGAAUGUAAUAGAGUUUUUGUGACUCUAGCCAUUUGCCUGCUUGCCAAUAAGAGGAGCUUGGAAACAAAAGCUAUAGUUUCUAGCUAUCCCUGCAGAGCCUAUGCAUGUGAUAAAGAAGCAAAUCAACCUUUUGAGAUGCAAAGACUAGACAAACCAGUUUCCACAGAAUAAUCAAGCUGAGUUAUUUUUUCCUUUGAAAGAUCCCCCCCCCCAACAAAACUGUAGAGCUGAUUUUACUUCAACAUUCUGUGUAUGCAGAGUUAUCAAGGCAUAGUCUUAAACACAACAGGUGACCAGUUCAAACCAGAUCUACCUUAUGUACUUCCAACCCAUUGAGAAGGGGCUGAAGGGAAAUCCUCAACCCCUGGAUUGGCCUAAAGUCAGCAUCACAUCAGUGAUAGGCUGGCUCUUUCAUUGGAUCUCAGAGCUGCCUAUCUCUGGAAGAGUGGGAAAGCCUUCCCCCUCUUUAAUCACUAUAAAUAGGCGACAAGUUCCCCCCACCAUUUUCUCAUCACAGUCUAGUUGUGGGUUGCCAGUAACCAGGCACCAAGUCAUCAGUUGCUACUAAGGUUCAGGAAGGGAGGCGCUAUAGAAAUUAAUGCUCUCUCAGGCAAGGACCUGCCUAUUGCUAGACUAAGUCAAGAUGAACUGCCGCUCAGAGGUCCUGGAAGUGUCAGUGGAGGGUCGCCAAAUAGAAGAAGCUAUGUUGGCUGUGUUGCACACUAUACUCCUCCAUCGGAGCACGGGGAAGUUCCACUACAAGAAGGAAGGGACCUACUCCAUUGGAACAGUCGGCACACAGGAUGUUGACUGUGACUUCAUUGAUUUCACCUAUGUCAGGGUCUCUUCAGAGGAGCUCGACCGAGCCCUGAGAAAGGCUGUUGGAGAAUUCAAGGAUGCACUGCGGAACUCAGGCAACGAUGGGAUGGGCCAGAUCUCGCUGGAGUUCUAUCAGAAGAAGAAGUCACGGUGGCCCUUCUCAGAUGAGUGCAUCCCUUGGGAAGUGUGGACAGUCAAAGUGAACGUGGUGAGCCUGGCUAAUGAGCAGGAGCGGCAGAUCUGUCGUGAGAAGGUUGGGGAAAAACUCUGUGAGAAGAUCAUCAACAUUGUGGAGGUGAUGAACCGACAUGAGUACCUUCCCAAGAUGCCUACCCAGUCGGAAGUGGACAAUGUCUUUGAUACGGGGCUGCGGGAUGUCCAGCCCUACCUGUACAAGAUUUCUUACCAGAUCACUGACUCACUUGGGACCUCUGUCACUACUACCAUGCGGCGCCUCAUCAAGGACACACUGGCACUCUGAUGCCCAUGAGACUGUGGACCCAAUGUUAUUAGGAGGCAGCAAUGGGCUUUCUGCCCCCAUGAAACUUCAAAGCAUCUAUCCUCUUGGAAAACUCAGACGUCUUGACACUUCCAGGUGCCCUAUUCUAAUCCAUUAACGCUCAAACCCAUCCAGGGCAAGGAUGGAACCAGCCCUGAUUUCUAGGCCCUGCACACUAGUUCACUAGAUCCCAGCUUCUCUCACAAUAGGGAAUGGAACCCAGGAGUCCUUCAGUUCCCUUUUCUGUUAGACUUAGCUCCAUUAGAAAAAUGACAGUGUGACUUUUGGCUGGAGAAAACAGUGUGCAUAUUUUUAUGAGUAUUUCCCAAAUUUAGCCCAUAGAACAGCUCCAGUGCUUGUGCUCUCUGCAAGCCCUAGAACUGUAUCCAGACCAGAUGCCUUGAUUUCUCAACUGCAGAAUCUUUUGCAAGUGGAAAUCUGCCAAGACUGGGGUUACUUUGCUUGGCAAAAUGGGUGCCUUUCUUACCGAUAGCCCACUCCUUUUCUUUUACCCACUUCUGGCUUUGAGUAACUGAAUCUGAUUACAACACCCCUGUCCUCCUGUAAUUGAUUUUCAGGGAAGCAAAGUGUGAAAUGCUCAGGGCCUGUAUUUCUCAUGAGUCCUGGUUGCGAAAAGGAGCCAAGUCUAACAGACCUGUUCAAAAGGCUGUCUCUCUUGCCAAUCCAGCCCUUGUCACUCAGUGUACCUAUUUCUCUGUAGAGUUUGGAAGUCAGGAACUUGCGUUUCUAGAAAAGAUAAGGAUCCUCCAUGUUUUGUAUAUGUUUUCCAAUGUAAUGUAAUGUAUAUAAUAAACAAUAGUCUGGAAAUUAAAGAAAGAAAAAGCAGAA